AUGGAUUCUGUCGGACAAAAAGCGCGGUCAUCCUCAGGCAGGCAGCCGGCCUGUCGAACCUGCCAGAAGCGCAGGGUACGCUGCGACGGACUCAAGGUGUGCACGGCGUGCCUCAGGAGGGCGGCGUGGGAGGGUCUCCCCCCUCCAGAGCGGUGCGAGUAUGCGUCGGGUGUUGCGCCGGCAGAAGCCAGCGGUUCAGCCUCAGCCAGCUCGAGCUCGUCGGCAGACUUCUCGACACGGAACUGCGCGGCGAGGGCAUCGGCAAGCGGUUUGGCUGGCUCGUCGAGCGAGGCGCAGUUGGCGAGAUUCGGAGGCGGAACAGGUCGUCCGCUGCAAAAGGGACUCGCCUGUCUAGCUUGCAAGGCGCGGCGCGUUCGCUGCGAUAGCGCUCGACCAGCCUGCUCGUCCUGCCGGAAGACGUCGAAAUUCAAGACGGGCGAGCUGCAAUGCGUCUACCGCGCGGACCUCUACCUCCAGCGACGCAAGGAGGAGGAGGCGAAACGACGACUAGCGGGAACCGUGCCGAUGAAGGAGGAGGAUGAGGAUAUGCCCGCGGCUGGGGAGAAGGUCGAGCCGAAGGAGGCGGCACGACCCGCGGUUCAGCCUGUCGUCAAGACAGAACCUGACCUGAGCGAGGACACCCUCUCCGCCUCGCCUACCUUGACCAGCCUACCUUCUCUGCUUCCGCCCUUACCGACACUACCGCCUCUGCCAUCCUACGAUCAGCCUGCAGACACCGUCGUCAAAAGCGAGUCGCCGUUGCCGACUUUCGCGACUCCGCAAUCCAUCUUCGCACCCGCCCCUUCACCCGCCGACUACUUCACCAUUUCGACAGCGCUACGAUCCGGCUCCAUCUCCUCCCAAUCAGGCUUGUUGACUAAUCCGCCGUCUCCGUCGUUUACCAUCAGCGAGACGGACUUGUCUUCGUGGCCGUCGCCUCGCUCACCCUGCGACGAAUGGUGCAACGACCUGCCGUCGACCUACCCUCCCGUCCCCUACCCUCCAGCACUUCCAACAAGUGACUACCACUCCCUCUUCAAUGAAGCGUGCUCGUCGCUCUUUAUCCCGCCGCUCGCCCUCUCGACACCGCUCCAGUCGCUCGACCUAACCGACAUCGCAAGCCCGCUGUCGAUGUACUCGAGCCUGCCGCCUGGCGACCCGCUCAAGAUCGACUCGAGCAUCACGGGCAUGGACUCGACGUUGACGCUGCCGUUCGCGCCGAGUUUCGCGGGCGAGUGGUCGAGCAGCGGACCCUCGGAACUAUAG